CUCCGCGGCCCCGCCCCGCGAGGAGGGGGCGGAGCCAUGUCCGCGGCGGACGCCGAGACGAGCGGCAGCAGCAGCAGCGGCUGGGGGGGCGGCGGUGGCGGCGCGGCGAUGCAGGGCAACGGGCUGCGGGUCGGCGUGCUCACGGUGAGCGACACCUGUUCCCGGCAGGCAGCGGAGGAUGCCAGCGGGAGGAAUCUGCAGGACCUGGUCCAGUCUGUGCUGGCAGGGACUGUAUCGGCGUACAAAAUAGUCCCCGAUGAAUUUGAGCAAAUUAAGGGUGCUCUGGUGGAGUGGUGCGACCGCGAGGAACUUAACCUCAUCCUCACCACGGGUGGCACAGGCUUUUCCCCACGCGACGUCACGCCAGAGGCCACACGGGAUGUGAUUGAGCGCGAGGCUCCAGGCAUGGCUGUGGCGAUGCUAAUGGGUUCCCUCAGCAUAACGCCCUUGGCUAUGCUCUCAAGGCCGGUGUGUGGGAUCCGAGGAAAGACUUUGAUUAUCAAUCUUCCUGGCAGCAAGAAGGCAUCCCAGGAAUGCUUCCAGUUUGUGCUGCCAGCCUUGAGCCAUGCGGUGGACCUCCUUCGCGAUGCCAGCGUGCGGGUCAAGGCUGUGCACCAGGAGCUCGCAGGGCAGGUUCACAGCAUCACCAGCCAGUCGGGACUGCCUGACAAGGCCGUGCAGUGUGAAGGUCACGGAGAAGGCCAGCAUUCAAGCCUACCACCUCGAGAACCACGGAUCCCUUCCUGCAGCAGAGUGCAUGCCCCUCAAGCGCGCAGUGCGGUGGACGUAACGAAGGUGGCGAGGCGAGCGCGCUCCUCCCCUUUCCCUCUCACCUCCAUGGACAAGGCCUUCGUCACUGUGCUGGACACGGCACCGAUCCUCAACCAUGAGCACCUGCAUUACAAAGACGGUCUUGGAAGAGUGUUGGCUCAGGAUGUGGUGGCAAAAGACAAUCUGCCUCCAUUUCCUGCUUCCAUCAAGGACGGCUAUGCUGUCAGAGCUGCUGAUGGGCCAGGGGAUCGCAUUGUGAUUGGAGAGUCGCAUGCUGGAAAGCAGCCUGUGCAGACGGUGAUGCCAGGCCAAGUGAUGCGAGUAACCACGGGAGCACCCAUCCCGUCUGGAGCUGAUGCCGUCAUCCCAGUGGAAGACACUGAACUUCUCAAGGAAUCGGAAAACGGAGCAGAGGAGCUCGAGGUGCGGAUCCUGUCCCAGGCACGGCCAGGACAGGACAUACGGUGCAUUGGACAGGACAUCCGGCGUGGCGAGUGUGUGCUGUCACGCGGCUCGCACGUGGGGCCUGCAGAAGUGGGCCUGCUGGCCACUGUGGGGGCGACCAAAGUGGAGGUGCACCGGCUGCCUGUGGUGGCCGUGCUGUCCACUGGCAAUGAGCUUCUGAAUCCAGAGGAGCCCCUUCACCCAGGCAUGAUCCGAGAUAGCAACCGUACCACGCUGCUGGCGGCCAUCCAAGAGCAGGGCUUCCCGACCAUUGACAUGGGCAUCGUGCGAGACCACCCGGACGAUUUGCUACAAGCGUUUCAAGAAGCUCUCGCGCAGGCAGAUGUCAUCGUCACGUCGGGAGGAGUUUCCAUGGGCGAGAAGGACUAUCUGAAGCAGGUUCUAACCGUCGAUCUACAGGCGCAGAUUCACUUUGGCCGUGUAUUCAUGAAGCCAGGACUUCCCACUACCUUCGCGACUGCGGCAGUCAACGGCAUCAAGAAAAUGAUUUUUGCACUUCCGGGAAACCCGGUCUCUGCCAUCGUCACUUGCCACCUGUUUGUAAUCCCUGCCUUGCGCAAGAUGCAGGGCACAGCCGAUCCCCGACCCACCAUUCUCAAGGCCAGGCUGUCGUUUGAUGUGAAGCUGGACUCCCGACCUGAGUACUACCGCUGCGUGCUCAUGUGGAACCACCAGGAGCCUCUUCCGUGGGCGCAGAGUACCGGCAACCAGCUGAGCAGCCGCUUGAGCAGCAUGAGGAGCGCCAACGGCCUCCUGAUGCUGCCGCCCAAAACGGAGCAGUACCUGGAGCUGCGCAAGGGGGAGGUGGUUGACGUGAUGGUCAUCGGCCGCCUAUGACGCGGGAAGGGGGAUGCGCGAAUAAUCCACACGCGCACGACGAACGCGGUUCGUGCGCGCAACACGGACGCGCCGGCAGGCACAGACUGCCGAGCACAUUCACACACACACACACGGUCGAGCCGCUUUGUUGUCGAGUGGUAGUGUGGCAUUGUCAUUAUAAGUGGUACAACGCACGUCAUUGUAUGGGCAUCGCACAAGAAAAAUCCGAGUACACAUACAACCCACCUGCACACGUGUCAUGCAGAGCACAAGCUGCAUGGCAUCCCAAUUGAGCCAUCCAAGCCAGUGGUUAGUUGCUGGGGUUUCCUUACAACCAUUAGGUUAUAUAAUACAUACAUGUCCUGUAUUUGUUAAUGUAAAAGGUCAUUGGGAUUUCUAUCGUUGUUCUAAAGCGAUUUCACCGACAGUGAAACUGCCCUAUGGCUGGGAUAAGGGACGAGGACGUACAGAACGCACCGGCGUCUGAGCGCAGUUUCGUUUGAGACGGAUUCCAUCGGCAGCCCAUUGCAGUUUUAACCAGCAACCUCGCAUGGGUGAACUUGUGAUGUCUUACGAAAAGCCCAAAGAUCGUUAUUUGAGUUCAACCAUAUAUAAUCUCUGUUAAGCUGAAAUGGGCAAGUGUAAUUUAAGAUAACAUUAACACAGAUUAUUAAAAUUAGCGUUAGUUAACAUUUUGCAUGUUGGUUUUGUAACUGCGGUAACAGUGACUGGAUUUUUUGUAGUCCACAGAGGGGAAGCCUGAGAUAUCCUACAAACGUGGAAGUAGUUGUCAUUUUUUUAUACUUACAAAUACAAAUUAUAUCACUGGUGUAUUUUAAAGUUCAAUAAGCAUCCAUUCAUUUCGUCAAAUGGAAAAAGAAGAAGUAUUACCGUUGCCCGUCCCUUUACAUAAACAAUCGCCGAGCACAUGCCCCCCCCCCCCCCCCCCCCGCUGUACCGGCCUGGCUCCCUGUAAUCGCAAGGUGUUGCAGUAGUGCUCUAGUAGUGCUAUAGUAGUACUUUAGCCGCUCUCCCGUUCCUCGUGUUGAUGGGGCGUGCCCCCCCCCCCCCUCAACCGCUUCAAGUGAGAGUCGGCACCAGCGCACCGCAGGGUCGACUGAAGCAAAAGCGACUGGGCUCUUGCAGAGGCAGGAUUCACAACCCCAGACAUGCUUAGCCCAGAAAGCUCUUACGAAGCUUGGUGAAAAAAGCAACAUUGGGAACAUCUCUGGUUUAAUCUUUAAGCAAACUUGCAUUUCAGGAGGGCUCUUCCUCUGUAGGUGUGAUAAAUGUUUUGGUUGAAUUCUGAUUUUAGAGUUAUACAAUUUAAUUUAUGGAAGCAUCGCCAACAUUUUUAAAAAGACGAUAUUCAGAAAUAAAGCUGUAUUCAUAACAUUGUAAAAUGUCCUGCUUACUCAUUGUCUUUUACAGUUGCCACCAUUUCAUCAGUUUCUAAUUAUAAACUCCUGGUUGCAUAAAAUACCUUAAGUUUUUUUUCCCUCCCUAAAGUGCAGUAGUCACGUAGUGGUUGGCGCACUACUACAGGCGCGGCUGCAGGAGUUUGAUUCACAGCCACGGCUAACAUCAGUGGCGAGCUAUGUCUGAAGCUGUCCUGUCCUCCCCCUUCACCAACCGCACUGGCCAACGUAGUUGAGUACGGUCACAAGCAGCCCUCAUGGCGACAGAGCGUGGAAGAGGCGUUUGUCCUGUGGUGGAUUGACAUAGUCGUGUAAAUUAUAAAUAUGAUAACACCUUAAGGAAAAUAUUUUCUUGCCUGAGGUAAUGACUGGGAGCGUUGCAUAUAAAGUCUGCAUCAUCCAUUGUACCUUAAACAAGACAAAUUUUUCGUCAUGGAAUAGGUGAAUUUUAUGUACUUAUAUAUAAAUAAAAGAAUAGUGGUAAUAACGACAUAAACAACAUUUCAAUGCUUAUGAAUGUAAUAAUAAGUGGCGUAAUGUAUAAUGCAGAAAGAGCUUUUGAUUAAAUAACGUACAAAGUAUGGCACGUUGCAAUAACCAAAUUACUUGAAUGAAUGCAGCUCAAUUAAACCGACAAUUGAGGGUAAUUGUACGCAACUCGUACUAUCAGAUUCACGAGGAUGCGUUUCGAGAAGUUUAUAUUAAACUUGGGCACUUUCGUUUUGCAUAUUUGUGCACAAUAAGUGUUAAUAUCUAUAUAAAUAAAGACCUUAAUAUGUAUGUCUCAAAAACUUCUCGGAUACUGUCCGGAAAAGUAGGAAGCUGAAAUUUGGUACAUAGGUAGCUUUUUGGACACAAUCAACAGGAAAAAAAAUCAGAAGAUAACAGGUUUUUCAUUUUAAAGCCCAAAUCUCAUUUUAAGUACCCCAUACACACACAUGUGUGUGGUAUCAUUCAGAAACCGUUCAAAAUAUAAGAUUGCAGUUUUUUUCCGUUUGAGAGAGUGUUAAACAGCAAAGAAAAUUAAACUGAGAACCAUUGUUAUAGCUUUUGUUUUUGAGAUUUUGGAUUCAAGCCGUUUUGAACUAAACAAAUCCGCAUUUUAUGAUGUUCAAAUCUGAAUAAUUCGAAAACGGUAAAAAAAAAAUAGGAGCUUCCCCUCAGAGUAUUAAGUUAAUUUAUAUUCUUUCUUAUAAAAAAAUAACGGAAUCCUUCAAUUGAGCGGUUUUUGAUGGGGAAGUCUUCAAAUAUAACAAGUUGAUUCAAGACAUUUUUGGAGUAGUUCGUGUCUGAUCGUCGAUAAAAAUAUAUCAGUUUAAUUAUUAUAUUUUGAAAACUUUUGCCUGGCAAAGACAGCCUUUACGAACCAGUUACUCUAAUAAAAUACAGGAAACAUUUUCAAAUGUAGCUGAUUAUGUCUUCAUAAAUCCUCCAAACAAUUUCACAUUCCUAAUUAUGUGUUCUGUAGGCGGUCUCCACUUUCUUUAACGCGUUCCUUCUUAAGGGACCUCGACAGGCCUCAAUCAAAUUAUCGAGUGUCGUUAUGCAAUUUUUUACCGAAUUAAAAAAAACAUACAUGCAGAGGGUAAUUGAUGAGCAAAAUCUUUAUGGGGGUUUUUUUUCUCAAGAGUUUUUCUCUUCAGAUUUGUAUUUUGUGUAUCUUUAAAGAUCGUUACCAUACCGGUAAGCAUUUAGGAAUACGGAACGAAGGGGGAAAGUGACUUAAGAGGCUUUAUGCAACCGGGCACAAACCUGCAUUGGAAGAGCGGUACCUCUGCUUACCCUCAUUGAGUGGACAGAUUGACAUAGCUCCAAGGUGAUGUGAGGUGUCUGCCGUUAGCAUUUAAUUCUUAACGCAGAGACAACAAAGUGUACCACUUGCCUCUAGAGUGGCUGUGCUCGAGCCCUGUGUUUAAAGUAUGAAGUCUACAUUAAUGUUAUCGAAGCAUUAACGAUGGGCCAUACGAAGUCUCACGUGUAUACCUGCCCAUCAUGCCUUACCCGACUCUGAGCUGCAAGGCAUCUUGAACCAUGAACAGAUUGAUCACAAGCCAUAAAUAGCCAGAGCCAUGAAGUGAAUAGAUUUAGUAGAACACAAUGACUCGAUAGAGGUCCAUGGUUUUUGCCGAAUGCAAGUUUUAUCCAUUGUGUAGCACUACGAUUGUCAUUCGUUACGGUCAAUGCCGAGGAAUCAUUUUGAUUUAAAUGUUUACAUCAAGCUGAUAAUGCAACAUAUCAACGUUAGAUUAGGGUACCCUCUGUGUAGCGACCCCAUACGCUAUGUGGAUUGAUGGUGGCAGUCCUGUGUGUUUAUGUUUAAAACAUUAAAAACUGUGAAUUUAAUUUAAAAUAAUCAAAGCUUUGGUAAUUUAAACUUCAAAUUAUAAGAACUUUGUCAAAAGGCAAUUAACAUUGCAUGUCAUUUUCUUGAUUGUAUCAAUGCUUUUUAAUAUUAAAAUUUAUCAAACUGUCUUAUAAACAAAAAAUGUAUUAGUCCAAUAUUAUUCACAAAAAAUCCCAUGGACCUUAAUUGAUACAAACUUUAUAACAUGUUUGUGUGAACAUGAAAACUCUUUGAAUAAAAUUGCACUGCUCA